UUACACAAUUUAAAACCCUCCAUGCUGCGUCGCUUGCCUCGCCAUCGCCAACUCACCUUUCUCAACUCGACCGAGUCAAACCGGUUCAACACCUUCACCGGCUCAGCUCACCGGUUCAAUCUCUCCGAGCUAAAUAUUCCGUCGUAAUCCCUAGCGGAACUCUAAACUAUAAAUCAUUCUCAACAACCGGGAGCCGUACGCCGGCUAAAAUGGGCUCAAUUCCGAUGACGGCGUCGGUGCUGGAGGAUUUUGUUCACGUUGAUGGAGGAGGAAGUGCUAAUUCGAGUGUAGAAGGCUCGGAGGCGAGUAUUGAAGAGGUAACUUCGGCGAGUGUAGAAAUGACAGCAGGUGAAGGAGAAGGAUAUGAAAGGAAGGUUUUGCCGGACGGAUUGUCGAGGAUUGUAAUGAAGCUCACUUGUGAAUCUUCUACGGAUGGAGGCAUUUGUGAUGUAUAUGUUGUUGGCACUGCUCACGUUUCUGCGGAAUCCUGCCAAGAAGUUGAAGCAGUGAUCAAUUUCUUGAAACCAGAGGUUGUCUUCUUGGAGUUAUGCUCAGGUCGAGUGGGUGUACUCACACCUCAAGAUUUAAAGGUACCAACCAUGGGAGAAAUGGUGGAGAUGUGGAAGAAAAAUCAAAAUCCAUUUGGGAUACUGUACAGCUGGUUUCUCGCCAAGGUUGCUAGCAAGCUUGAGGUAUUUCCUGGGGCAGAGUUUCGUGUGGCGUAUGAUGAAGCAAUGAAGUACGGUGGGAAAGUGAUUCUUGGUGACCGUCCUGUGCAAGUGACAUUACGAAGAACAUGGGCAAAAAUGCCACUUUGGCACAAGACAAAAUUGUUAUACUCUAUAUUAUUCCAAGCAGUGUUUUUACCGAAGCCUGGAGAUCUCGUCAAAAUGUUGAAGAAAAUGGAUGAUGUUGACAUGUUGACUCUUGUAAUUCAAGAAAUGAGCAAGAAGUUCCCAACUCUUAUGGAUACCCUAGUUCAUGAGCGAGACCAGUUUAUGUCAUCAAUGUUACUAAAAGUUGCCCGUGAACACAACUCUGUUGUCGCAGUUGUUGGUAAGGGUCACCUGCCAGGAAUCAAGAAGAACUGGAAGCAACCUAUUGAGGUUAAGGAACUGCUAUCAAUACCCUCGCGCAAGCCUGUCAUUACUGUCGCGAAAGUUUUGACAACCAUUGGAGCUGCAGUUGCAGGAGUGACCAUAAUAUCUUGCAUCUAUGUUUCAAGCAAGAAAUAAUCAUGAGAGAUGUCUCAGAUGUAUGUGUCUUGGCUUCCAAUUUAGACAACACCGAGGCUAAUCUAUUGCGACUUUCAGCAUCUGAGGUGGCCUGUACAUUGCUACUGUUCUUCUACAUUUUCAGCAGUUGAGGGUCAUUACAUUGAGGAAAGGGAAAUUGUCAUUUUGCAAAUUUUCCUAUGGACAUCAGAGGAAGCUUUUCUAAAUUCUAAAAAAUUGCAUGCAGAGCGAUAAUAAGAAGUAAUUUUCCCAUA